CGCCCAUCACUAAUUACACCUUUAUAUGGGGCAGGGAGAAGACUGCUUCAUUUAUUAAACUGAGGGGUGAAACCUGUGAAUUAUUCACCGGGGCUUGGAAUGUGUGUGCGUCCCCAUUCGAAGGCAGCAUCCUUCAUAGGAGGCGAUACGCGUUGAUAAAUGAGACUGUCUAGGAGGAUUUCAUAUUUGUAAUUUAGCCUAAAUGCUAGUGAUUUCAGCAAGUCCUUCAAUUUUAAGGCUCAGAUGGAUGUGCGCAAUAGAAAAACUCACCAGCAGAUGGAUGAUGCUACUGGUCCAAAUAACUCUCCUCACCAGAUUGUGACACAGUUCAGAAAUGAAAAUGAGAUUUUUGUACCAAGACUGAGAUGGACCGGAAAUAAUAUAAUGAAAGACAUGGAUCUUCAAGAUUCUGAUGAACUCUACGAUUCUACAUCAGAGAGUUCAGAUUCUUACAUUUCAGAUAUCUUUUCUGAAAGUGACAGUGAUGACCUUAUACCAGACCAGGCAAAACUUCAGCUUCUUGAUGAACUAGACGUUGAUGAGUCUGGCUCAGCGAGUUCCCCUGUCUGUGAGACAACGUCUGACAAAAUGACCUUUGAUAGGCAUAGCCUUACAUCUGAAGAAUCUGGAACAGCAGAAGAACCCUGCUCUAGUCAAGACACAAAAGACAGCGUAGUUGUUAGUGCAUACCAAAAAAUAGGUGGCAGUAGAGUGUACAACAAGAGGCAUUACUGCUUGUAUUGCCGUAAGCCUUAUGCUAAGAUGGCAAGGCAUCUAGAAGGUUCGCAUGAAAAAAAACCUGAUGUGGCUAAAGCUCUAAGCUUUCCAAAGGGAUCCAAGGAGAGAAGAAAACUGCUAGAUUAUAUUCGCAACAGAGGAAACUAUGCUCACAAUGCUGCUGUUAUGAAAUCAGGAAAAGGGGAACUAGUGCCAUGUAAACGGCCACCUAAAGAAGCGCAGGGAGAUGAUUUCAUGCACUGUGUAUACUGUCAAGGGCUUUUUAUAAGAAAAGUCCUGUGGCGACAUCUGCGUUCUUGUAGACUUAAACCUCAAUCAUCAGUCGCCACCAAAUCGGGAAAAUACCGUGUUCAGGCUUUGUGUAGAUACACAGGGCCUGUGCCUUCAAACAUGUCUAAACAACUGUGGGGAGUAAUCACUACCAUGAAUCUUGACCCAAUCACAGAAAUAAUAAAAAACGACAAAGUAAUUAUUGAUUUUGGACAGCACUUGUUAAACAAAGGUGGGAUAUCAGCCAAGAAUAAACAGUGUGUGCGAGAGAAGAUGCGACAGUUGGGAAGGCUGCUUUACAAUGCUAGGAAAGUCACCUCCUUAAAAACAAUGAAAGACUGUGUAAAUCCAAAGAAGUACAUGGAAACUGUCAAAGCUGUCAAGCAUACAUGUGGGUAUGACAUUGAAACCGACAAGUUCUCGAUUCCAACACUUGCCAACAAGCUUGGAAAUUCCCUGGUAAAAGUAAACAAAGUCCUAAAAGCUCAGGGUUUACUCUCAAACAACAAAGAACUUGUGAAGAAUGCCAGUGAGUUUCAAGACAUCCAUGAGGAGAAGUGGAAUGAGAUGAUCUCAGGUACAGCAUUGAGGAACAUGAGGGACGCAAAGAGUAAUGUACCCACUCUCAUGCCCUUUACUGAAGAUGUUCAAAAAAUGCAUACACAUCUCAGUCAAGUACAAGAUAAGUGGUACAAAUCACUCUCUGAAAGUCCCUCUACUAAAGCCUGGAAGGAGCUGGUGAAGGUGUGUCUAGCCCAGGUGAUUCUCUUUAACCGGACGCAGGGAAGGAGAGGUGGCGAGCAUGCCUUUGUCUGCAUUUUUAUCAAGAGACACUUUUGAUCCAAAUGUGGAUGUGGGUUGGGCACUCUCUGAAGUGGAAAAAAUACUCUGCAGACACUUCUCAAUGAUUGUCACCAGGGGAACCCAUGGCUGGCCGGUUCCAAUUCUUCUGACUCCAAAAAUGUUGUGUGCCUUAGAACUGCUUGUUCAGCAGAGAGAGGCGUGUGGAGUUCUUAAAGACAAUGGUUAUUUGUUUGCAAAACCAGAAGCCAUUACGCAUUUCGAAGGGUCACACUGCCUCUGUGGCUUUGCAAAGGCAUGCGGUGCAAAGUUUCCCAAGUCACUGACAUCUACCAGACUGCGAAAGCAUGCCGCAACCCUUUCAACAGUGCUGAAUAUGACAGACACAGAGAUGGACCAGCUUGCCAGUUUUCUUGGACAUUACAUAAUAAUCCAUGGUGAGUUCUAUCGACUCCCUGAGAAGACCCUGCAACUUGCCAAGAUCAGCAAAGUUCUAAUGGCUCUCGAGCAAGGAAGAUUAGCUG